AUGAAAAAAACCAAAAAAUUAAUUAUUCCGCGGUCAAGUGAUUAUUCAGGUGGUGGUUUUGGUUUUACACUUCGUCAUUUUGUUAUUUAUCCACCAUCUGUUUCUGUUAAUGAUAUUUUACGGGCUUCGUACAGUGUGGUGAUCGAUGAACAUCAACAAAAGCAAUUGGAAGGUGGUGGGGGAGGAGGAGGAGGAGGAGGAACAACAUCAUCAUCAUCAAUAGUUUCUUCCGGUAUUUUAUCAUCAUCAUCGGGUAGUCGCAUCCAUCAUCAAGGAGAACAACAACGAUCGUCGUCAUCAUUAUCAUCUUCUACUAUAAAAACUGUCGGAAACGAUAAUAUCCAAGACGAUGGAACAACAGUGUCAACUAAUCCUAAUCAAAAUCUUCAAUCAAUGGAUACAAUUUUUGUUAAAGAAGUUCGACCUGAUGGUCCAGCAUAUGCAGCUGGUUUAAGACAAGGUGAUCAAAUCUUAACUGUUAAUGAUCAAUCAAUUAAUGGAAAAACUUAUUCACAAGUUAUUGCCUUGAUUCAGAAUGCUCCCACAGAUCUUAUUCUCAAUAUAAUACCAAAAGAAGAUGAUACUCGCACAGUUAAUUGUUCAGAAAAUCUUUAUCAAAAUCUAAAUACAAAUGAAACACGAUUAAAACCAAUUCAAUAUUCUCAUACAACAUCAUAUCGUCCAUCAACACCAAUCAUGUCUAAUAAUACAAUUGAACAAAAAUUAAGAAAUUUACAAAUUAAUUUAGCUCAAGGUCGAACACAAGAAGAACUUGCUCAAAUUGGAAUUUAUUUUCCUCCACCAACAGCACCGACAUCAUCAGCAACACCACAACAACAACAAAAUGCUUUUUCAAAUUAUAUUGAUUCUGUACAUCGAGCUUUAGAUUCAACAAAACAACAAGAACCAUCGCCUACACCUCCACCUCCACUUCCACCUCCACCACAACAACAACAGUCUCAACAAAGUAAAGGAGAUCCAACAGCUGCUUAUUACGAGUCUCCAUAUCAUAAUGAUUAUAUUCCACAUGAUUAUAAACGAGCACCAUCUUUUCAAAUAAAUUUUAAUCAACCGCCUGAACAAAGAAAUUAUUUAAAUCCAAAUACUGGAUUAAGCUUACCACCAAAUAUUCUUCGACCACCUGUUGUUCCUCCAAGACAAAGUAUUCCUGUAAUAAAUGCCCCACUCAAUACUUAUGUAAAUAAUCCAUCAAAUCGUUUUCCAAUCGCAAAUGUUCCAUCAGCAGAAGAAUGGUCACGAACAAAUCUUUAUUCACCACCAAUGAUUGAAUCUCAUGAAGAAUUAAAAUCUCCUUCAUCAGAUUCUCAAACAACUGAAACACCAUCUCAAGUAGCCUCAAAUGAAAAAUCACCAAUAAAUGAAAAUGAUAUGAAAACUGAAUUUGUUAAUUUUCGUCGAAAACAAUUUGAAACAGGUACUGUGGAAAAUAUUGUUCAUGAUUCUCAGCGUGAUUCCAAAACAAAAAAAUAUUCUGAAAAGAAAAAAUAUGAAACUGAAUGGAAUCGUUUAACAGCUGUUGCUGAUGUUGAAUCUGUUAUGGAACGUGCAUCACAUUUUGAAGAUAUUGAUCCAGAUAAAUUUGCACGAUUAAAAUCGAAACUUCCAACAUCACCACCUGCACAUGAUAAUUUAAAUUUACAAGAAAAUUUUACUUAUGAUACAAAUCAAAAUCAAUUUUAUGAUUCUCAACCACAAUUUAAAAUACUUAAACCAACAACAAGACAAUCUUCAAUGGAUUUAUCUUCUUCAUUACCUAUUCCAAGAGUCGGUGAAUUAAAUAGUAUUGAAUUUAAUUUUGAUCCACGUUAUAUGAUUCAACAAGUACGAACAAAUCCAUCUCAAUCUACACCAUCUUCUCAUUAUAAUCCAUUAGCAUCAACUGAUAGUUCAAGAUAUUUAUUAGAAAAUUAUUCAAAUAAUUCCGCAUCUCGUAAUGGCGUUAAUUUAAUUCGUCAACAAUCCUAUAUAAGUGCUGUUCGAUCAAAUAAUCAAAGUGAACAACCAGAUUUCGUAACACAAUUUGGAAGUCCUCCAACAUCCGAACAAGAUAUGAAACAACGUCAACCAUCGUAUUUAAUGAAUAAUGAUCAACGUUUACCUCCAAAUCGUGGUGGUUAUAUUCCAACAAAUUUUAAUACUCAAUCUCUAGCAAGACCUGCAAAUACUUACGAUAUGUUACAAGAACAAAAAUUAAGAAGUUCAUCUCAUCAUCAAACACAAGCAAUUAAAAAAUUAAAACAUUUUUUUGGUGAAAAUACACAUGAGAAUGAUCAUCGUCCAUCUUUAUCUCAAUCCCCAUUAUCUCCUCAAUCAUCAUCGGGUGGUCGAUCAAAAUCAGGUUCAUUUUUUGAUGGUUCAACACUUGAUGGAACAACAUCAAAUACACGUGAAUCAAUUCCAUUAACAACAUUAACUGAUAAUUUAGAAGCAUCAAAAGAAGGCAUACUUUAUUGUAAAACUGUUUUAAAAGAAGGUCGACGAGCAGCUGAUCGUUCAUGGCGUGGAGCAUGGGCUGUACUUCGACGUGGAGCUUUAUUUCUUGGAAAAGAAAAAAAACAUGGAUUAUUAAUUCCACUUUCAUGUGAUUCAUUUCCAAUAAAUCUUGAAAAUGCUGAUGUUGAAUUAGCAAGUGAUUAUAUUAAAAAACCACGUGUUUUUAAAUUAACAACAUCAAAUCAAAGUGAAUUUUUAUUUCAAGCACCAGAUAUACAAUCGUUAAAUGAAUGGUUAGAUGUUAUUAAUGAAAAUUGUUUACAAUCAGAAUCUGGACAAGAUAAUCAACAAAAUACAACCAAUAUUAAAGAAAAUAAUCAAAGAAUUAAUACAAGAUCAUUACCACCAAUACCACCUAAUCAUCAUCAUGAACACGAAAAUGUUGAACAACGUAAAUCAAGUUCAAAAUCGAAAAUAUCUCUUCGAAGUCCAUCAUUAAAACGUUCUCCAAGUCUUCGUUUUCGUAAAUCACAAAAAUCUGCUAUAACCCAACCAGCACAAUCUAUAUCAUCAAUAAGUGGAACGAAUUCACCUCCAAAUGAUGUUAAUGUAACAUCACCACGUCGUUCAUUUGUUAAAUCAAUUGUAAAGAAAGGUCUUCGAACAUUAAAGUCUUCAUCAUCAUUAUUAACAAGUCAAAUGAGUGGACAAAUAUAUGAUGAAAGUAGUGGAGAAUCUUUAACAUCAAGUACAGGUGUUGGAACACUUUCACAAGGUGUUAAUUUUGGUAUUGAAUUAGAAGAAUGUGAAACAUCAUCAAUAUCACGUUAUAUUCCAAUUGUUGUCGAAAUUUUAACACGUCUUGUUGAAUUACGUGGAAUAAAUUAUCAAGGAAUUUAUCGACAUGCAGGUGGUUUAACAGCAGUCAAUUGGCUUGUUAAUGAAUUAGAUAAAGGUGCUGAAAAAAUUGAUUUCAAUUCAGAAAAAUGGUAUGAUGUUAAAGCUGUUGCAUCAACAUUAAAAACAUUCUUUGCUAAAUUACCUGAUUCACUUUUAUCAUCAAAGAUGAGUAGUUUAUGUGUUGAAUCAAGUCGAAUUGAAAAUCAUUGUGAUCGUUUAGUUGAAUUAAAACGACUUCUUGUUCAAUUAGAUGAUUAUAGAUUUGAAACAUUAAAAUAUUUAUGUGCACAUUUUCGAAGAGUAUCAUCCAAAUGUGAAAUAAAUAAGAUUGAUGCAAGAAAUUUAGCUAUUAUAUUUGGACCAACAUUAAUAUGGGAUUCCAAAGCAUCAUUACAAUCCAAUCUUGUUGAUAAUCCAGAAAAAAUUCGAAUUGUUGAAUCAUUUAUUUUAUAUUAUGAAUGGUUUUUUGAUAAUAAUUCAUAUGAUUCAAUACCUGUUGAAAUCAAUCCUCAAAUGCCUCGAUUACCUCCCAUCAUAAGUCAUGGACCAAUUGAUCCUGAAACAUUAAUAACUAAUGAAACUAAACCAAGUGAAAUCAUUCAACAUAUUGUUCGUGCAGCAAAACGACGUUGGUCAUCUCCAAUCUUACUUGAAAAUCUUUCAUCAUUAAAUUCUUCAACAACAAAUGAUCAACAAACAUCCAAACCAAUAAAUAUAUCUGUUAAAAGAAUUCGUCGACGAGAAAAAUUUGAUCGCUGUUAUUCAUUUGAUUUAUUAUCAUCAACUAAUCGCGAAAACGAUGAAAUAAUUUCAUCAAAAUCAACAGAUUCAGCACUUUAUUCAAUGUCAGAUAAAAGUUGUCGAAUAUUUAAACAUUUGUUUAAUAAUUUUCUUUCAUCAUCAAAAUCAAAAAUUUUAAUACCUAAUAAUCUUUCAACUCCAUGUCUUUUAAAUAAUGAAAAUGAAAAAAAUUUUUUUGAAAAAACUUCAUUAUUAAAAAGUAAAUUAAUUCAACGUGAACAAAUACUUGAGAAUUAUCAACAACAAAUCCAUCAUGUUGAUCAACAACUUGUUUUAUUUAAAAAAUCUUUAAAAGAAGAUUCUUCUUUUUCUUGUUCAUCAUCUUUACAUUCAUUACCUCCUUGUUAUUCAUCUUUAUAUGCCUUAGAACUUUUGUGA